GAUAUUAAACACACGUAAGAUUUGCUGUGGAGCAGAGACACGUCAUGUUAGCUAACCAUGCUAACGUUAGCUAGCUGUAGCAGGAUGGAGGAGACGGACUGACUGUGGAGCUGCUCCACCUGAAAGGAGUGGUGAUGGGUGACAUCCGUCAGUCGUUGCUGCCUCGCGAUGUGCUGAGUGCAGCCAAGGAGCUGCUGUAUCACCUGGACAUCUACAUCUGUAACCUGGUGCAGUCCGGGAGGCAGCCUCCUCAGGUCGACUCCAAAACCCAGGAGCUGGUGGAAGAGUUCAUUCUGCAUGCACCUAAAGACAGAAACACUCCCGCCAGGCGGAUGAGUGCGCUCCAGGAGCUCCAGCUGUUGGAGAUCAUGUGCAGCUGUUUCCAGGAGCAGAGCCGUGAUACGGUCCGUCAGCUCAUGUUCUCCGCCCUCUUCAGUCUCCAAGGCAACCAGGCAGAUGAAAGUCGCAUGGCGCUGUUAGGCAAGCUGGUCUCCAUGGCAAUCGCCGUGGGCAGGGUUCCGAUCUUGGAAUGUGCUGCGACGUGGUUACAGAGAACACACCGGGUCUACUGUGUGCGCCUGGCCCAGGUGCUGGUGGAUGACUACUGCAGUAUGGUGCCAGGCUCGGGGCCCACCCUGCAGAACAUCCACAGCGCCAGCCCACGCUUCUGCUGCCAGUUUAUCACUGCUGUCACCACCCUCUAUGACCUCAACACAGAGGAGCUCACCCCUCCUUUAGAACUCCUCCAGAUGAUUGUGUCGUGGAUCCAAGACGACCCCCGUCUAGUCCUCAUCACUUUCCUGAACACGCCCCUCUCUGGCAACCAGCCAAUCAGCUCGCUUGAUGUCACACCUUUAGGGGGGCUGGUGCGCUGGUGCGUCAAAGCCCCCCUGGCCUACAGGAGAGACAACAAGCAGGUUUUAACCAACGGCACCACUGAGAGUGAGCCAGAGGUGGGGCCUCUUUUCUCCGCUCUCCAUCUGAGCGUCCUACAGGUCCUCAUGCUGUUGCCGAACAUACUCAAUGAGAAGGGGCUCUUUGGUCGCCUGGCGCUGCUCCAGUUGGAGUCCCUGGCCGCACUGACCUCAGACCUCUCCAGGCUGUUGGACCAGGCCGACAAACACACACACACGUCAUCCACAGAUACACGUGCACAGUCUCAGCUGGCCCUGGACCGGCUGGCACAGGCCCUGCAGGUGGCCAUGGCCAACGGAGCUCUGCUCUGCUCGAGAGAGGACCUGAGAGCCAUUUGUUCCCGCUUGCCACACAACAAUUUGCUCCAGCUGGUGUUGUCAGGCCCAGUGAUGUACUACAACAACAUCCACACCCCUCCACUGGCCUUCAGCCCGCACGCAGCUCAUUCCCCCAUCGCCUCGCACCCGACACACCCCGCACACCCAGCACACACCCCGCACACACCUCUGGCCACCCACCCCUCCUCUCACCCUCAGUACCCUGCUCAGCCUUUCAUGACGGGGAUGCCGUUCCCCUUCAGACCCAGCCACUAAAAAAAAUAAUGUCCAACCUGUUUGCAGAUGUGAAGUUGUGUGUUUAUGUGUGUGUGUGUGUGUGUGUGUGUGUGUGUGUGUGUGUGUUAGAUAAUGAGUGUUGGUGUCUGUUUGUUGAAUGAAAUCAUGUGUGAGUGAUGUGUUAUGGUGUUAAUGAGCAGAUCUGCUUCUGCUGAAAGUCUCUGAGGCGAACGUGUUUGUCCAAUAAAUAUUUUUUUUUUUACCUC